AUGAAAUCAAAAGAUCUGCAGGAUGCAUAUUUGUAUGGCAAUAUUUUCAAGAUAGAAGUACAGAGAGCUAGACCACGUUCCGGUGAUGGAAAUAAAAAAAAUGCAACAUUUACUUACAAGAUUCGCUGCAAUGGUGUGAUGCGGAAAAUUUACAAAAAAGCACUCCUCUCUCUUCAUGGAAUCACAAAAGCAAGACUUGAGCGAUUGCAGAAGCACCUAAAUAUUACACGCGGAGCUCCUCCUAUAGAUAGCAGAGGAAAGCAUCUGUUCAGGCUUAAUAAACUACCUAAAAGCACUGAUGAAAAGAUACUCUUGGUUAUCCAAAAUACAAAUCACAUUAUAGUCUAA